UGAGGCAGUCUCCAGGCAACAUGAAGGCUGCCCUAACUCUCCUUACUCUAGAGCUCCUCCUGCUCUCCAUCACUCUCCAGGGCAAGGUCUUAGACCGAUGUAUCCUUGCCAGAACUCUACAAAAUCUUGGUCUAGCUGACUUCCAAGGAAUCACCCUGGCAAACUGGGUCUGUUUGGCCAAAUGGGAGAGUAAUUUUGACACAAACUCUACAAGAUUCAACCCUGAAGACGAUAGCACCAACUAUGGGAUCUUUCAGAUCAACAGCCGAUUCUGGUGUAGUGACCACAAAACCCCAGGAUCAAAGAACCUUUGUCGGAUAUCCUGCAAAGCUUUGCUGAAGAAUAACAUCGGGUCUGCAGUAGUUUGUGCAAAAAGGAUCGUGAAGGAUCCACAAGGAAUUAACUCAUGGGCAGGAUGGAGAAAAAACUGUAAAAACAAAAACCUCCGAAAGUAUGUUCAGGGCUGCCGUCUGUAACCGUCUCCACGUUCAGAUCAUUUGGCUUUCUUUCGGAGCACAGUAAAAGGUCACCCUGCUGAUGUUUCCCUGCAGAUAAAGUGGAGUUGCACAGGAGCAAGAGCUGGAACAAAUGAGAGUCUUUAUCCUGCUUUCUCUGUGUAGCCCAGGCUGGCCUCGAACUCAGAGAUCUGCCUGCCUGUGCCUCUUAAAGGCGUGCGCCACCACUAGCACCCCCAGCUGACGAGUGUGAUUAUCAUUUGAUGUUAAGCCUAGACUUUCAGCUUGUG